GUUGGACCAAUAAUAUCUGGUGGAUUAAAACCAGGAAUGGCUCUCUAUAUACAAGGGGUUGUUCCUGAUAAUGCCAACCAAUUUUCGAUAAAUUUCCAAACAGGACAGAAUAAAUUUGACGACAUCGCUUUUCACUUCAACCCCUGGAUCGGUCAAUAUGUGUAUUUGAACAGCUUCCAAAAUGGAAACUGGGCGGUGAAGGAUUGUGUUCCUGAUGAGUCAUUCACUAAGGGAGCAGCCUUCAAUAUGUUCAUUGUCAUCGCAACAGAUGGUUACGAGGUUUAUGUGAAUGACUUAAAACACUACAUGUUCCAGCAUCGCAUUCCUUUAGACAAAGUUACUACACUUGCCAUUGGCGGCGAUGUUAGCAUCGAUUUUUUUGGUUUGUGCGAAGUACUUCCCCAUGUGGGUAAAAUCAGGGACAGGUUAAAACCAGAGAUGGCUAUAUUUUUCCAAGGAGCUCUUCCUGCACAUACCAAAGAGUUUGAGAUAAAUUUCCAAACAGGGCAGUCUGAUAGUGAUGACAUCGCUUUUCACUUCAACCCACGUAUUGGGCAAUAUGUUUACCUGAACAGUUUCAGGAAUGGAAUUUGGGAGAAGGAGGAACGUGUCUCUGAGGAACUCUUUACCAAGGGAGCGGCCUUCUAUAUGUUUGUUGUGAUCGGUUCAGAGGGCUAUGAGGUUUAUGUAAACGGCUUGCAACACUGUAGGUUUGAGCAUCGCAUUCCUUUAGAGAACGUUUCAACUAUUAGCAUUUAUGGAGACGUUAUUAUUCCCAUCUACGGAUUCAUCGAAGCAUGGGAAGCUCAGUCCCGAGCUUGUUACCCGUCCUCUCAGAGAUUUCCCAUCCAGUCAUUCUUCCUGUUUGCAAUAAAUUUCCAAACAGGGCCGUCUGACAGUGACAGUGACAUUGCUUUCCACUUCAACGCUCGCAUUGGUCAAUAUAUCUACCUGAACUGCUUCAGAAAUGCAAGCUGGGAACAGGAGGAAACUACACCCGAGAAACUAUUAAGCAAGGGAGCAGCUUUUAAUAUGUUUAUCAUCAUCAGUACUGAGGGCUAUGAGGCAUUGCCAUAUUUGGGUAGCAUUAAAGAAGAAAUAAGACCAGAUAUGGCUGUUUUGUUCCAUGGGGAACUUUCUAAACAUAGCAAAAGCUUUGAGAUAAAUCUUCUGACAGGUGAUUCUGAUUAUGAUGACAUUGCAUUUCACAUCAGUCCUCGAACUGGUAGAUCUGUGGCCUUAAACAGCUUCAUAGAUGGCAGCUGGGAGACUGAGGAAUAUGCCUCUGACAAUCCCUUCAGCAAUGGAGCACCCUUUCAGAUGUUUUUUGUAAUCGGCUCAGAACGCUACGAGGUCUAUGUCAACAACAUGAAACACUGUACAUUCAAACACAGAAUUCCUUUGGAGAAAGUUUCUACACUUGGCAUUCGUGGAGAUGUUACUAUUAACUACUUUGGUAUUGUUAAAAAUUGGAGUGCAUCCUCCAUGGUUAGAAAAAUUAAUGAAAUUCAAGAGAAGUUGACCAUUUCUAGGAUGCACAUCUCAGCAGAGAUUUCACAUGCAGUCAUCAACCCUGUACUUCCAUAUAGAGGAACAAUCCCAGAAGGUUUAAAGACUGAUAUAGCUGUAGUCUUUCAAGGAAUUCUUCCGGCAGAUGCCAAAGAGUUUGCAAUAAAUUUCCAGACGGGUGAGUCUGAUGGCGAUGACAUCGCUUUUCACAUCAACCCACGAAUUGGUGAUGUAGUGGCCUUAAACAGCUUCAGAAAUGGUAGCUGGGAGACUGAGGAACAUGCCUCUGUCACUGCCUUUACCAAGGAAGAAGCCUUGAAUAUGUCCAUUGCCAUCAACUCGGAGGGAUAUGAGGUCUAUGUGAAUGGUUUGAAACACUGUACAUUCAAUCACCGCAUUCCUGUAGAGAACAUUUCUACACUUGGUAUUUCUGGAGAUGUUAUCAUCUACUACUUUGGGUUAGUUGAGAAAUUGAACGACUCGAUUGUGGAUGUGGAAAUGAAUAAAAUCCUGGACACGUCACUGACUAGCGGGAGCCUGAUAGACGUCCCAGCAGAGAUUUCACAUCCAGUCAGCAACCCUAAAUUAAAUGACUCGAUUGUGGCUGUGGAAAUGAAUAAAAUCCAGGACACGUCGCUGACUAGCGGGAGCCUGAUAGACGUCCCAGCAGAGAUUUCACAUCCAAUCAGCAACCCUGAACUUCCAUAUGUAGAUGUAAUCCCAGGAGGAUUAAAGACAGACAUGGCUGUAGUGUUUCAAGGAGCUCUUCCAGCAGAUUCCAAACAGUUUGCAAUAAAUUUCCAGACGGGUAAAAAUGAUGGUGAUGACAUCGCUUUUUACAUCAACCCCCGAAUUGGUGAUGUAUUGGCCUUAAACAGCUUCAGAAAUGGUAGCUGGGAGACUGAGGAACAUGCCUCUGUCACGGCCUUUACCAAGGAAGAAGACUUGAAUAUGUCCAUUGCCAUCAACUCAGAGGGUUAUGAGGUCCAUGUGAAUGGUUUGCACCAAUGUUCAUUCAAUCACCGCAUUCCUGUAGAGAACAUUUCUACACUUGGUAUUUCUGGAGAUGUUAUCAUCCAUUACUUUGGAUUUGUUGAGAACUGGAGUGACUCCUCCAUUUUUAAGAAAAUGAAUGAAAUCCAUGCAAUGUCUGUCACUACCGGGAGCCUGAUAGACGUCUGUCCUGAGAUUUCACCUUCAAUCAGCAACCCUGAACUUCCAAAUGUAGAUGUAAUCCCUCAAGGAUUAAAGACAGAUACGGAUGUCAUGUUCCAAGUGACUCUUCCUGCAGAUGCUAAUGAGUAUGAUUUUAUUAUUUUAUUACCUAUAACACAGUCACAUAUAUGA